ACUGGGGAGGGGAGGGGGCGUGGAGUGGCGUGGAGCCCAGGCAGUCGUUGUGGGCGUGUGUUAGGUGAGACAUGUGUGGCACUGGGGCGCAUCAACAGCAAGAAAAUGAAGAAAGCCGUGACAAUGACGGUCUCAAAGCGGGCCUACGAUUACAGCAAAGAAGGAAUGUAUGUUUUUGAUAAGAAAAAAGCUAUCAUGUACUGUCGACAUUGCGGGGUGCGAGUAGACUGGGAGAAGAAAAGCACCGUUGAAAACCACUGCAGUUCCAACAAGCACAAGAAUAAUGUGAAAGAAGCUAAAGAAAAGGACAAGAAACGACAGGGCUCGAUCAGUGACUCAUUUGAAAAGUCAAAGAAAUUGAAGGACGACAGAGAGGAGUUUAUCAAGUCCACCGUGCACGCUUUCACGAAGGCGAAUAUUCCCCUGCACAAGUUGGGCCACCCGGCCAUUAGAAAGUUUUUCAAAAAAUACAUUCCUGGUGGUGGAGAUCUCCCCAGUGUUAGAACAUUGAGAGACAAGUAUGUUCCGAUCUUGAAGGCUGAAUACGACGACACGAUUAGGAAAAAACUUGAACUUGCCGUUCUUUGCGACGAGACAACAAACCGAAAGGGUGAGGCAGUCUUGGUGACUCUGUUGAAGUGCCUCCCAUCUGAAACUGAACCAGAACCAUUUAUUGUCGUCGGCUCUGUCAAAAUUUUGUCUGCAUGUAACGCCGAUCAGGUCUCUAAAGCAAUAAUCCAGACUCUUCAACACUACUUAAUUGCACACGAGAACGUCGUGGCAUUGAUCUCUGAUGGCGCUUCAUAUAUGACACUGUGUGCUAAGCUUAUAAAGGAGCUAGUAAAUCCAGAUCUAAUCCAUAUUCAAUGUUGGGCCCAUAAAAUGGACAAGGUGGUGAAAGUCUUUUCUGACAAGCUUCAACAUCUGCAUGAGUUUGUGAUGAACACAAAGCAACUUUUCAAAAACACUAGAAAGAGAAAGCAUAAGUAUAAGCAAUAUUUGAGAGAUAAAUAUUCAUUCAGUAGGUUGAAGGAUGCCAAACUUUUCCCCAUCCCUGUAAUGACUAGAAGGGGCUCCUGGAGAAAGUCAGUGCAGUAUAUUUCAGUAUACUUAGAGGAUAUUGCAGACUAUGCUAAAACUGUACCUGAAAAUGAAGUGAAAUCUGUGCAAUAUUUUAAGAAAUUGAAUGCAGAAGACCUUAAAGUCAUAAAAACAGAGGCUGACUUUGUUGAAGAAUAUUGUGCUAGUGUGUGUGAUUUAAUAUUGUAUUUAGAAGGAUCUCUCUAUCCCAUGUCUCAUCUUGUCUACUCCAAAGUAUCUGUAAUUCAGAAGGUUUUUCAUUUACUGGGAUCUGCUAGUGAUGUCAAGUCAGUAUUAUAUAAAGAAACUAAAGCUAGUCUCCUGAAAUUGUCUAGUCAAAAGCAAAAGGGUGUAUGUGAAAGAUUGAAAGCUGUAGCCAAAAAAUGUGAUGAAAUUUUGUCAGAUUAUUUGUCUAAUGAUACUGCUAAAAAUUUCUUCCAGGCCACCCAAACUUUGUUCAACCCAAGUAAAAUUGUGGUAGGUUGUUCUGACAGGGACUUUGAGAAUGCCAAAAAUAAUAUUCCCUUGUUGAAUGUUAUUCCCUUGGCUAAUUUUAAAGUGUUGCAUAGUCUGUUGACAGAUGCUGUUAAAGAAGCUUUAAAGUCAGGGAAAAAAAACGAUGAUGUACUGAGUGAUGCAUUACUAUCAAUGAAAGGUGAACACCUAAAAUUUGUUACAUUGUGUUUGCAAGUUUUACACAUUCCAGUCUCAAAUGUAGACAGUGAAAGGGCGUUUUCGGCCUACAGUGACAUCCUUAGCCCUAAACGAUGCAGGCUGAGUGCUGAAAAUGCAGAAAUAAUGAUGUGCAUGUACUUUAGCGAUGACAUAGAUCUUGAUUGUGAUUCUGACACUUAUGGUACUUCAACUGAAAACCAUGAUGAGCAAGAACAGGCAGCUGAUGCUUGCGAUGAUGAUGACAGUGAUAACUGUGAUAAUCCAAUGCUAAUGGAUUUUUAAUGUGUGCUGUACUGUGAAAAUGUUACACAACUUGUGUAGUGUAACACAAACACAAAUGUCUUUGAAUU